AUGGACAGUAAGAACCAGUAUUCUCGGUUUUUCAAAACCGAUGACAAAACGGAAGAGGAGAAACGAAAGCAGCACGCUUUUUUAAGUGCAAAUUACAAGAAAUACUUUCCAAAACCCGCAACUAUUUAUAUAUCACAAAACGUAAAAGGAGUACGUGGAAUUAAAAAUUUGGGUAACACGUGUUACUUAAACAGUUCCUUACAGUGUUUACUUCACAUUCCCUCUUUUGUUAAUUAUUUCCAAAACGUAACAUGGCAAAGCGAAAUCAACAAAACGAAUGCACUUGGGACUCAAGGAAAAUUAGUCACCAAAUUUGCAGAGUUAGUCAACGACUAUUAUUCCGACAAAACGCAAAUUAUUGAUGUGACUGAAUUAAAAAAAGAAAUAGACACCGCCGCACCCUAUUUUCUUGGCUUCGACCAACACGACUCACAAGAAUUAACUUCAGUUUUACUCGACAAAAUUGCCGAGGACCUGAAUAGAAAUGCGAAAUUCGUUGACAAAAACACCACAGAAAAAGGUUUUGAAAAAGAAGAGGAAUAUGAUGGUAAAAACGAAGCUAAGUGGGCGGAGCUGGAGUGGAAGAAUUACUUAAAACACACCAAUAGUAUUAUAACGGACGUUUUUACAGGCGUCUAUAAAUCAAGACUCCUUUGCGAUGUCUGCCGCAAUGAAAAUGUGAGGUUUGAGCCAUUUGUGUAUUUACAACUUGCACUCCCGCAACAGCCCAAAGUCAUUAAGUUUAUUAUUUUCGAUAGAUACUUGAAACACAUCAAAAGCUUUGAGAUAGACGUCACAUAUAAAACACAAGAAGGUGUGCUGAAUGAAGUCAUUGGACUGUAUAGAGCAGCGGGAGGCAAAAUGAGUCACUCGUAUGUGGUACUUGACUUGGGGUACAAGAACUAUGUCACAAAGGUCCAUGAAGCAAAUUACUUUACUGAAGGGAGUGAGUGCGCUGUUGUUGAGAAACAAAGCGAAUGCGAAGAGUUUGUGGUGUAUGAUGUGGUGGUCAAUUACUCGAGUUAUACCACAUACAGAGUGCCACUUGUCUUUCCUCGGAGCGUUCAAUUAGAUGCAGUCGACGACGCUGUAUAUCAAUUAGUGGAAGAUGAUAUUAGUGUAUCUCCCAACGAUGACUGGCUUGAGAGACCUUAUAACGACUUAAGUGGUAAUUGCCUCUCAAAUGGAAUUGAUGAUAAAAAAGAGGGUGAUGGAAUUAAAGAAGAUGAGAAGAUAGAAGCUAAGUCUUGCUCUUUAGAUGUUAAUUCUUUACACAUUAAUACUUCAGAAAGUCCUAAGAAAGAUCAAGUCAAGGUGAAGACUAUAGGAGAGAGUCUAAAACACUGUCUGAGUAGACAAACAACAUCACAGAAAGAAAUAGAAGUGCAAAACUUAUUAACAACAACAGUAGAAGAACACAAAGAAAGUCAAACUAAUAUAUUAGUAUUAUCUACUAAUAAGGAAAAGGAUAUAAAUAACUCCACUGCAUUUGAAACUUCACUCCCAAAAGUUCAAACAUCACAAAGUGAGAUGAAAAAAAAUCCUCCUGAGACCGAGAAGAUGCAAAAAAGUCCAACAAAAAUUUUUCAAAAAAUUCCACACCCAACACAAGACCACAAUUUUAAAAUAAUUUUUAGUCAAGAAAAUGGCGGAAUUGUAAGAGGAGAAACGUUGGACGCUUUCGCGUUCAGAUACAUUGAAAUAUACACGUCACCAUAUACUAAACAGGAACAAACGAAAGUAACACUCACACAGUUGUUAGAGACAUUCCAAGAGGAGGAAUCACUUAAUAAUGAAAAUAAAGCACUUUGCACGAAGUGUAAAGAAGUCCAGCCAUCACAUAAAAAGAUUGAACUGUAUAAAACAAGCGAAGUGUUUGUCAUUCACUUGAAACGGUUUUUGGAAGCAAACGGAAACUUGACAGAGAAAGUUACGACACUGGUCGAGUUUCCUGUCAACGACCUCGACUUGAGAAAAUACGUCAAGUGCUAUGAUCAGAAGACUCUACCUAUUUAUUCGCUGUGCGCUAUAUGUAACCACUCGGGGUCGAUUAACUUCGGUCAUUACACAACGUCUGCUAAAGUCGGGAAUAAGUGGUACAAUUUUAACGACUCGAUCACUUCUGAAGAAAAGAAUGAAAACGACUUGGUCACAGCAAACGCGUAUGUGUUGUAUUAUAUCAGAAAAUAA